UAGCAGUGCAAUAGUCAAAAAAGCAGGGAGCAAUCGACGGUCUCAAAAGCAGCGCCACACCCAAAAUUCAAACAAAUUCCUCCAUCCCUCAACCUCAAUCACAUUGAAUCCACAAAGAUGUUGGUUCGAGCAACAACAGCCUUGAUCAUCAUACUCGCAAACUUCUCCACCUCCUCCGCCUCCCUCUGCCGCACCUUCUGCAACAACAUCCCCAUCCGCCACCCCUUCGGCAUCGACGAAGGCUGCGGCGCCGCCCCCUUCCACCGCAUGCUGAACUGCUCCACCGCCGCCGGCCUCUUCUUCCUGACCCCCUCCGGGUCCUACAAGGUCCAGAGCAUCGACUACGGCAAGAAAACGGUGGUGCUCUACGACCCAUCCAUGUCGACGUGCUCCAUCCUGCAGCCCCACCGCGACUUCCUCAUCACCGACAUCCAGUCCGCCACCAUCCCCCCCUCCCCCGACACGCUAUUCCUCCUCCUCAACUGCUCCGCCGACUCCCCGCUCCUCAACCGCUACCGCUACCUCUGCGCCUCCAACUUCUCCGGCCACUCCUGCGACGAGCUCUACGCCACCUGCACCUCCUUCAAGCUCUUCCACAUGCUUUCCAACUCCACCGCCUCGCCCCCGUGCUGCUUCACCACCUACGACACCCUCAGGUAUAUGAGCAUGAACAUAUUGGACUGCUCGCAUUACACGAGUGUGUACAAUGUGGAUGAGUUGAAGGGGGUGGGGCCCCUGGACUGGCUUUACGGGAUCAAGCUGUCGUAUAGCUUGCCUGAUUUGGGGUGCGACCGUUGCUCUAAAUCCGGGGGAGUUUGUGGCUUUGAUGUUGACACUCAAGGCUUCACUUGCAUUUGCUCUUUCAACACUAAUGCUACAAGAGACUGCGGGGGUUUAUAUGUAAACAGAGGAGGAAAGAGCAAUGGAACGCCUUCAGUUGUGGGAGUAGUUGUGUUGAUUUGCAGAGCUAUAUUUUUGUCCUUGCCAACUUUGUAAUACGUUACAUCAAAUUCAAUUCUUGUGCGGCAUAAAUGAUUGAGAUGGAUACAUUACUAGA